UCUGCAGAGGAACCUCUCGGUCCAGUUAACAGAGCUGUUUUCCAGUCAGGAUUCCACUAUUUCCAAGACAGAAAAUGGGGGACUAUGAAGUGACUGUCUCCACCGGAUAUCUUGCUUUUGCUGGCACUUUUGACAAAGUUUACAUCAAACUGGUUGGCACAAAAGGGGAGAGUGGACCACAUCGACUGAAGAAACUGGGUCCAUACUUCUACAUAGGAAACGAAUCAACCUUUACUGUGUCCUGCUCCGAGGACAUUGGACCGCUGUUGCUGAUACAGCUAUUCAAAGAAUUGAGGUUCUGGUUCAUGAAAGAUUCUUGGUUCCCUGCUAAGAUUGUGGUGAAAUCCCCCAUCGGAGAUGUCUUCAACUUUCCCAUCUACCACUGGAUCACUGACCAGAAGACACACAGCUUCAGGGAGGGGAAAGCUCUGUUAGAGGGUGAUGAAACAAACCUUCUUGCUAAGUAUGUUCGACAGCAGGAGAUUCAGACCCGAAAGGAAGUCUAUGGCUGGAACGAGUUUGCAGAGGGAAUUCCUCACUGCAUCAAAGAGGGAAAACUGCCUGCUGAUGAAGACUUUUCUUGCACAAAGAGUUUGGAGUUUAUUUAUACUUUAGCCAAUGGAGUGGCAAAGCUGAAACUGGCAGAAUUUGUUGAGUGUAAGAAGGAGUGGACCAGCAUUGCUGAUAUUGAGCGAGUGUACAACCACCAUCAGACUAAAAUAGCCGACUAUGUCCAUGACCACUGGAAGGACGAUGAUUUCUUUGGCUUCCAGUUCCUAAAUGGCAUUAACCCCACGUUGAUCCGACUCUGCGACGAACUGCCCCCUAACUUUCCUGUCACACAUGAGAUGGUCUUCAAAGAUGGUCUAUGCUCUCUGGAAGAUGAAAUGGAGAAAGGAAACAUUUUCCUGUGCGACUACAAGAUUUUGGAUGGAGUGAAAGCGAACAUCAUCAAAGGGCAGCAGCAGUACUUGAUGGCUCCUCUGGUCCUGCUCCACAAGACUUCGGAUAAUAAACUAAAGCCGAUCGCCAUCCAGCUGAAGCAGAAAGCGACGGAGGACAACCCCAUCUUCACUCCUCAUGACUCUGAGUACGACUGGUUGCUGGCAAAGAUUUUUGUGCGAAGUGCAGAUUUCAACCUGCAUGAGCUCAACACUCACCUGCUGCGCACCCACCUGCUGGCUGAAGUUUUCUCCGUCUCACUGCUGCGUAACCUCCCCAUGGUGCACCCUCUGUACAAGCUUCUCAUCCCUCACACUCGUUACACUCUGCAGAUCAAUGUCUUGGCUCGAGAUCGUCUCAUAUCUAAGGACGGAAUCUUCAGCCUGCAUGCAGCUUCUGGUGGAGAAGGGUUGACGACCAUCCUGCAGAAAUCUCUGGCCUCACUGACGUACAAAUCCCUCUGCAUACAUGAUGAUAUCGAAGAUCGUGGGCUGAAAGAUGUUCCAAAUUUCUACUACAGAGAAGAUGGACUGAAGCUCUGGGACAUCAUUUACAGUUUUGUGAAAGGGGUGCUCGAGUACUACUACAAGGAUGAUGCCGAUGUGGAGAAGGACCCAGAACUGAAGAACUGGAUCCAGGACAUCUAUGAAAAGGGAUUUCUGUCUAACAAAGCCACAGGAAUUCCAACGGAAUUUCAGUCUGUGGAGGCGUUGGUAAAGUUUGUUACCAUGGUGAUAUUCACCUGCUCAGCACAGCACUCGGCGGUAAACACAGGACAGUAUGACUUUGGUGGCUGGAUGCCCAACUCCCCCAGCACCCUGAAACGUCCCCCACCAACCACAAAGGGGAAAACUACUGAGGCCACGAUACUGAACACUUUACCUGAUAUGGACACAACAGCUUACAUCAUGGCUACUCUCUGGCUGCUCAGCACACCGUCCACUGACACACGCUUUUUGGGUAAGUUCCCAGAGGACCACUUCACCGAGACGGAACCCUGCGAGAAGAUCAAGAAGUUCAGAGAGGAACUUGCAACGCUGAGUAAAGAAAUCAAAGCCAGAAACGAAAAAAUGAAGGUGCCGUACACGUACCUGGACCCAGAGGUGGUGGAAAAUAGUGUGUCAAUUUGAACACUGGAGGGUGUUGGCUAAACCCAGGCUGAUGAAAAAGGGAAAUAAGGAACAGGAACUGGUCCAAACUGUGCUGUGAUUUAAACAGAUGCUUUGGUGGAGGGAAACUUCUUUUGUAAACUGUGGAUGUGGAUCUGAGAUUUUGAAACAACCUCAUUGGUGCAAACAUCCAAUAAAACAGACCAAUAUGGACCAUGA